CUGUUAUAUUAUUCAACGUUUGUCUACUGUGCAAUCAGUUCCUCUUGAACCGCUCGCGUUUAAACUGACUAGAAAGCAGAGAUCCACUCGGUGAUAUAGUGAAUUUAUUAUUAUUGAUUAACAUUGACAUCAAACGAGGUCUUAUUAGCUGAGAUCGGAAAGAAAGGUGCUUGCGAUGAGUAAGGUUUUCGUUUACGUUUUGGACAAAGUUGUAUGGAUGCUGCUCAUCGCUGCCCUUACAACGCAAGCUCUUCAAAUAGCUGGUAUAUUAGAAUCACCAAAGGGGUUACAAGAAAUUACAUAUUCAAAAGGAAAUGAUUACAGUUUUCAACUAUCGGUAGGACCUGAAAAUAGAGGAAAGAGAGAGACCUCAGACAGAUCAAAAUUAAUCGAUAGCCUAUUUAAUAUCCCCAUACAGACGUUGACAGCUGUAAAUAAUCUGGUUCAAAGCUCCCGUCCAGCUUUUCGAAGUAUCCGGGAUUACGCGGUCAAACGAUUCAUGGACAGUAGGAAGAAAACCACUACAACAGAAGCACCUUCAGAAUCUAACCUGCAGAAGAGGUCUUAUCCGGUAUACGUCAGACCCAAAGAAGAUGAAGAAAAGUAUAAAGUAAAUGUUAUCACGAAGAAUUAGUGAAUAAUUGUAAUAUUGAUUGAGAGAAGCUCAUAGAAGAGAACUGAAAGAGUUAUAAGGAUUUGUUUUAGAAACUAAAAAUGACGUCAGGUAGUGUUAAAAAUGACAUACAGAAAUCCCAUCAACCUUCUAUGUGCUACCUACAAUAAUAAAAAGAAAUAGCAAGUGCAUAAAUCAUUAAAAAGUUAGUAAAAUUGAUUUUCAACUGUAUAAGUUAGUAUAUGAUCUUUACAAACAUAUUUAAAAAGAAAAUUGCAUAUUUUUAGUACAACAGUACAAAAUACUGUACUGAUAUUAUCUGUAACCAUUGUAAGUUUUUAAAUUAUCGCCAUGUAUUUUUAAUUUCCAAUGCAGUUAACUCCAGAAUGUCAAUUGUUAAUAAUCAGUGCCUUAAUAUGUAUAAGAGUUGUAUCAUAAAAAUCAUUUAAAAAAUUAUCAUACAUUUUGAUAUAAUUUAAAUUUUAGUUCAUUCAAUAUUCGAUAUAAAAAUAUUCAAAACCUCCAUUCUAACUUAAAAUCUUAGAUAAAAGAGACCAGAGAUAUAACAUACACCGGUUUUAAACCUGCGCAAAUGUUGCCAGUUUCUAAAGAAGGGUUAACGGAGUGGGGGAACUGGGCGGCGACACGCGGCGACCCGAACUCUGUGACAGGGACCGGACUUUGUUUAUUAGCAUUUUAAUGAACUAUUAGGUUUAUUUAAAAGGUGUUUAAUCGAAUUUUGUAUUAUGAAAUCAAAUUAUCGUGAUUUUUUAAUAUCAAACAGAUGCCACGACAUUUUAUGUAAAGAGAAGACCUUUUAUAGAAUAUUUCGUUAGCGUUUAUUUACUACGGACUUUUCUGCAAGAGAUUACAGUAAAAUGUUGAAAUAGAAUAUAUUGUUAAUAGAGCAAAAAAUGUUACUCAUUGUCUACGAGUAUUAUAAAAAUAGCAUGUGCGCAGGCUAAUACUGCAAAUCUACCCUUAUGAGUUGAACAUUAUAUUUUUUCUACGGCUAUUACAUAUUAUUAAAAAUUAGUCAAAAUGAGAAAAUGCUGUUUUGUAUUGUAACCUCAGAAAAAGUAUAUUAAGGUUUCUUUCUUUAAGAAUAUUAAUUAUUAUAAAGGACGAGUCACAUAAAACUCUAGAAAUGCAUAUGUCUGAAAUCAGAUAACAUUUUAAAAUUUAAAUCUAUUAAAAGUCAUUUGGUCGCUAGGG